GCUCUCUACUGCCUGUCGUGCUUUACUGCUCCCUGCUGUUUGUGAGGUGGUAGUGCAGUGACGCUGUUCAGUUGCCAGGAGUAACUUAAAUAGACUGAAGGGAAACGUAAGAUAAAUAACGUUGUUAAUUCGCGUUCUCUAAAAUACCGUACGAAAAUAAUGAACUAGAAUUCACGGUGCAGUGCUUUAUUGUCCCCCAUGUUGUCACACUAGUUUACACUCUGACGUCUGUAUUUUUCCUGCAUAAAGUCGUAUUUUCAUCUUGCUGCCAUGGCUGAUUUUGGGUUUAACGAACAUCACCAGAAUGAGGUCAUAAACUAUAUGCGCUUUGCUCGCUCCAAGAGGCUCCUGCGUCUCAAGACCAUCGAUUCAUGCUUUCAGGAACUCAAAGACAGCAGUGGAAUUCAACAAAUAAAAUUAGCUCAACCAACACUAUCAAUUCCCCUCCCUCUAGACUGGUUGAGGAGACAUUUACAGUGGAUGAGGUGUCAGAUAUGCUGGAUGGGCUGCAGGUGGUGGUGCAUGGAGAGGUGGAGAUGGAGCUCAUUAACACCGCCCACACCAAUGUCCUACUCCUGCGCCAGCUCUUCUCCCAGGCUGAAAAGUUCUACCUGAAACUGCAGACCGAUAUCUCGGAGCUGGAGAGCAGAGAAUUACUGGAACAAGUAGCAGCAUUUGAAAAGACUGAUUUUACAUCUAACAGCAAGGUAAAUCAGGAAUCCAGCAAACCCAGGCUAACCCCACUGAAUGAGGGAGGAGUGUCAGAACUGCUCAACAUGGAAAUUUCCAGACUACAAGAAGAGAAUGAUAAACUGAGAGCUAGACUUCGAACAUUGGAAAGUCAGGCCAUGAGUGCCCUAGAUGAAAAGUGUGAGGCUGAGAGGGCCCUGAAUGAUCUUCAAAAAAUCCAAGGAGAUCAGCAGCACGCCACGCAUGCUCAGGAGAUCUCUAAACUGGAGGGCACUGUGGCAGCCAUGCAGAUCGAUUUUGAGAAGACUCUCAGCGCCAGUACUUCAUCACAGAAGGAGCUACAGGAUAGCCUGGUGUCAGCUAAACAUGAGCUGCUCCGGGUUCAAGAUCAGCUCGCUCUUGCUGAGAAGGAACUAGAUAAGAAGUUUCAAGAGACAGCUGCAUAUCGGAACAUGAAAGAGAUUCUGAGUAAGAAGAAUGACCAGAUUAAGGAGCUCAGGAAAAGAUUACAAAGAUACGAGUCUGAUGAGUGAAGUCCUGGACCAUAGAAAAUGGCUUGUCUAAAGGGGUUUUAUGGGCAAAAAGAAGCUGAUGUCAGUUUUGGCCUCAACACUCCAAACAUUGCAAGGGACCAAAAAAUGAAACAAAAGAGAGACAAAAAAAGAGGUUUUUUUAAUAGUCAUUGCUAUUCCCAAAUUUCUCUUUAACAAGAGCUACCCAUUUGAAUAAAACUGUUGCUGUGCUUA